UCUCCAUUCUCACAGGCACAUGAUACUGCAGAGCUUUAAAAUCAGAAGUAAAAUCAGCUGGACAGUUGCCUCCUGCCUUCCUAAAUAGGGAGAAAGUGGGUUUACUGGUGUGGAUGCCUGCCUCAUUUACUUCACCAAAAUGAGAUAGGGCAUGCAGAAUAGAAGGGAGAUUUUUGCAAGUAGAACCUACCAUGAUUUCUCAGGGGACAAAAUUUUGCUUAUUCAUACCUUCUACUGUGGCAAAAAUGGAUUAUUUUCCUCACCAAAAACCAGCAGCAUAACACUCAACUGACACAUGCCUCAAGGAACUCUUAUUUAAAGUCUGUUGUAAUUUAUUUCUCUGUAGCUGUGGUACAAGCAAGAGCCAACCAAUAUCAUCUGCUACCAGUAGGAAAUCUCCAUGCUAGUCCUUACUCAUGGCACAUGGUAAAGUUGCAACUGAGCAUGUGAGGAGGAAUUAACAGGAAAAAUCUAAUUCAUGUUCAAAGAUGGAUGCCUUCUAGCCAACCAUCGAGUCCUACUGCUGCUGCAUGUCUGGCAGCAUCCCUGAAUGAUCACAUGACUCUUGAUAUGGAUGCAGUCCUGUCAGACUUUGUUCGGUCCACAGGGGCAGAACCAGGUCUGGCAAGAGACUUACUGGAAGGCAAAAAUUGGGACUUGACAGCAGCUUUGAGUGACUAUGAGCAGCUCCGGCAGGUACACACCGCCAACCUGCCACAGGUGUUCAAUGAGGGCAAAUGCUACAAGCAGCAGGAGCCAGAGCAGCCUCCCCAGGUGAUGAAGGCUGAGCGACCCUGCCUGCAAAGGCAGGAUGACAUUGCUCAAGAAAAGCGUCUUUCCAGAGGUAUUUCUCAUGCCAGCUCAGCCAUAGUCUCCCUUGCUCGAUCACAUGUAGCAAAUGAGUGCAGCAAUGAACAGUUUCCUUUGGAGAUGCCCAUCUACACAUUCCAACUACCAGACCUUAGCGUGUACAGUGAAGAUUUCAGAAGCUUCAUUGAACGUGACUUAAUUGAGCAGGCAACGAUGGUUGCUUUGGAGCAAGCAGGACGACUGAAUUGGUGGUCCACAGUGUGUACAAGCUGCAAACGUCUUCUUCCCUUGGCUACAACAGGUGAUGGAAACUGCCUCUUGCAUGCUGCAUCUUUAGGGAUGUGGGGAUUUCAUGACCGGGACCUUGUUUUACGUAAAGCGCUGUAUACUAUGAUGAGAAGUGGAGCUGAAAGGGAAGCACUGAAAAGAAGAUGGAGAUGGCAACAGACUCAGCAGAAUAAGGAGUCAGGUUUGGUGUAUACAGAAGAAGAAUGGGAACGGGAGUGGAAUGAACUGCUUAAACUGGCAUCAAGUGAGCCUCGUACACAUUUCAGUAAAAAUGGAGGCACUGGUGGUGGAGUCGAUAAUUCAGAAGAUCCAGUGUAUGAGAGCUUAGAAGAGUUCCAUGUUUUCGUCUUAGCCCAUAUUUUGAGAAGACCUAUUGUUGUAGUAGCAGACACAAUGUUACGAGACUCAGGGGGAGAAGCAUUUGCACCUAUACCAUUUGGAGGAAUUUAUUUGCCACUUGAAGUUCUACCUAACAGAUGCCAUUGCUCACCUCUUGUGCUAGCCUAUGAUCAGGCCCAUUUCUCUGCUCUUGUUUCCAUGGAACAAAAAGAUCAACAGAGAGAACAAGCGGUGAUCCCCCUGACUGACUCUGAACACAAGUUACUGCCUUUGCACUUUGCGGUCGAUCCUGGGAAAGACUGGGAGUGGGGAAAAGAUGACAAUGAUAACACCAGACUGGCCAAUUUGAUUCUGUCUCUUGAGGCAAAGCUUAAUCUCCUACACAGCUAUAUGAAUGUAACAUGGAUACGCAUACCAUCUGAGACACGGCAGGCCCCUUUGGCUCAACCAGAAUCCCCUACAGCUUCAGCCGGGGAAGAUGUUCAGUCUCUGGCUGACUCAAUGGACUCGGACCGAGAUUCCAUCUGUAGUAAUUCCAACGGCAAUAAUGGCAAAAACAGUAAAGAAAAAGAAAAGGACAAACAGAGGAAAGAUAAAGACAAAAACAGGACGGAUUCAGUUGCCAAUAAAAUAGGAAGCCUCAGUAAAACCCUGGGAAUUAAACUGAAAAAGAAUAUGGGUGGUCUUGGAGGUCUGGUGCAUGGCAAAAUGAGCAGAGCCAAUUCAGGGAAUGGAAAAAAUGGUGAUGCAGUAGAGAAAGUCAAAGAGAAGAAGUCUAAGUCUCGAAAAGGGAGCAAAGAGGAAUCUGGACAGUCUGCGAGCACUUCUCCAUCUGAAAAGACCACUCCAUCUCCGACUGACAGAUCUAGCAACUCACCCAUUGAAAAGAUGAACACUAAACCCUUCUCUGACAAGCAGCCUGACCCAUGGAAGUACAGCACUGACGUGAAACUCAGCCUAAAUAUUUUGAGAGCUGCCAUGCAGGGUGAACGAAAGUUUAUUUUUGCUGGCCUUCUUUUGACCAGUCACAGGCAUCAAUUCCACGAGGAGAUGAUAGGCUAUUACCUGACCAGUGCACAGGAGCGUUUCAAUGCAGAACAGGAACAGAAAAGAAAGGAUGCUGAGAAAAAGGCUGCACUGAAUGGGUCAUCUAGUAGGAAACUGGAGCCAGAAGCAUAUUCGAAAGAAAAAUUAGAAACAUCUCCUCAGGAUAGGGCAUCACCCGUCUUGCCUCAAAGCCAUACAACUCAACUGGUUUUAAAAUUUAAAGAUCGCACUAGUCCCACUCCUGGGUCAUUUUCUUCACCUAGUAAUGGCGCUAAGAAAAGCGGACCCAUUCCAGUAUCUGCCCACUAUAGCCAUACGCCACCUGUUCAAAGGCAAAGUGUCAUCCAUUUGCAUGAUGUCAACUCCAAGCCAUCGAGCUUCCAAGAUGAUACCUACAAGCCAGUGGUUGGCACCUUAAAAACCUGUGCCACCUAUCCCCAACAGAACAGGUCACUGUCUUCUCAAAGCUAUAGCCCAGCCCGGAUAUCCGGUAUCCGUACAGUGAACACAGUGGAAUCGCUGAGCUAUGCCAUGCCUACUGAACACAAGUCUCAGACAUACACAAAUGGAUUCAAUACUGGCGAUAUUAGAGACUGCUUAGAAUAUGCUGAUGAGGACGGUCCUCAGACCUGGUUGAACAAUGAUAAAAAUCAAGGCAGAAGCACAGUUUGCCCAAUAUAUUCCAUCCAGCAGAACCGCUGUAAGAAGGAGAACUGUUCCUUUUAUGGUCGUCCUGAGACUGAAAAUUACUGUUCAUACUGCUACAAAGAAGAGUUAAAGCGCAGGGAGAGAGAAAGCAAGGGACACAGGCAUUGAGGAUUCUUCCGUGACUACUUAGUUUUACCAUUUUCUUACUUACAAAGUAAACAGUAUUGAAUUGCAGUAAAAGGAAUCCUUAAAAAAAGAAUAAAGGAUUGAUGA